AGAAAUACGUGGAAGAACUCGCAACGACGGUGGAAAAAGCUGCAAGGGGAAGAAAUAUGAAACAAAUUUACGAUACAAUGAAGAAACUAGCAGGGAAAUACAGUAAACCAGAGAGACCGGCCAACGACAAAGAAGGUAGGCCAAUCACUGAAAUUCAACAACAGUGGAACAGAUGGGUAGAAUACUUCGAGGAACUCCUGAACAGGCCGGCUCCAACGAAUCCACCGGACAUUGAAGCAGAGUACACAGAUCUUCCUAUAGAUGUCAACCCACCAACGACGAAAGAAAUCAGAAUGGCCAUCAGACAAAUCAAGAGCGGGAAAGCAGCAGGACCAGACAGCAUACCAGCUGAAGCACUGUAGUCAAACAUCGAAGUAACUACAAGCAUGCUUUAACUUCAAUUCAAAAAGAUUUGGGAGGAGGAACAAGUGCCGAUGGACUGGAAAGAAGGACACCUCAUCAAGAUUCCAAAGAAAGGAGAUCUGAGCAAAUGUGAAAACUACAGAGGCAUUACACUACUGUCAAUACCAGGGAAAGUCUUCAACAGAGCUUUGUUGAACCGGAUGAAAGAUGCAGUAGACGCCCAACUUCGAGAUCAGCAAGCUGAACUACAGUGCAAGGUCGUUCAUAGAGGACAGCUGACAGAUGCAUUCCAAGUAAGGACCAGAGUCUGACAAGGCUGUCUACUCUCUCGCAUCCUCUUUCUUCUGGUGGUUGACUGGAUUAUGAAGACCUCGAUAUCUGAAGGAAAACACGGCAUACAAUGGACAGCUCAGAAUCAAUUAGACGAUUUGGACUUCGCAGAUGACCUAGCUCUCCUAUCGCAUACACAUGAAAAGAUGCAGAUGAAGACAGCCAGU